AAUACACAUGCCAAAAGAUGGAUUCCAACUUAUAUCUUCUGGAUACCAAGCAUGGCUAAAGCAGUGCUCUAUGCCCAGAUCUCUGUGGCUGGGCUGCUCCAGCCUGGCGGACAGCAUGCCCUCGCUGCGAUGCCUCUAUAACCCAGGGACUGGCGCGCUCCCAGCUUUCCAGAAUUCUUCUGAGAGGGAAGACUGUAAUAAUGACGAGCCCCCUAGGAAGAUCAUUCCUGAGAAGAAUUCACUUAGACAGACCUACAACAGCUGUGCCAGACUGUGCUUAAACCAGGAAACAGUGUGUCUAGGAAGCACUGCUAUGAAGACUGAGAAUUGUGUGGCCAAAACCAAACUUGCCAAUGGCACUUCCAGUAUGAUUGUGCCCAAGCAAAGAAAGCUGUCUGCAAGCUAUGAGAAGGAGAAGGAGCUCUGCGUCAAGUAUUUUGAACAGUGGUCCGAGUCUGACCAGGUGGAGUUUGUAGAGCACCUCAUCUCCCAGAUGUGUCACUACCAGCACGGACAUAUAAACUCAUACCUCAAACCCAUGUUACAGAGGGACUUCAUCACUGCACUGCCAGCUCGGGGACUGGACCACAUUGCAGAGAACAUUCUGUCCUACUUGGACGCGAAGUCGCUGUGCGCCGCGGAGCUGGUGUGCAAGGAGUGGUACCGGGUGACGUCGGACGGCAUGUUGUGGAAGAAGCUCAUCGAGAGGAUGGUCAGGACGGACUCCCUGUGGAGGGGGUUGUCAGAGAGGAGAGGAUGGGGACAAUACCUAUUUAAAAAUAAGCCUCCUGAUGGGACUGCACCACCCAACUCCUUCUACAGAGCACUUUACCCCAAAAUUAUACAGGACAUAGAGACAAUAGAGUCAAACUGGCGAUGUGGAAGGCACAGUUUACAGAGAAUCCACUGCCGAAGUGAGACAAGCAAAGGAGUUUACUGUUUACAAUAUGAUGAUCAGAAGAUAGUAAGUGGCCUACGAGACAACACUAUCAAGAUCUGGGAUAAGAAUACAUUGGAAUGCAAGCGAAUUCUCACCGGACACACGGGUUCUGUCCUGUGCCUCCAGUAUGAUGAACGGGUGAUCAUUACUGGAUCUUCAGACUCGACUGUCAGGGUGUGGGAUGUGAACGCGGGCGAGAUGCUGAACACGCUGAUUCACCACUGCGAAGCGGUGUUGCACCUCCGCUUUAACAACGGCAUGAUGGUGACAUGUUCCAAGGACCGCUCCAUUGCCGUGUGGGACAUGGCUUCACCCACAGAUAUCACCCUGAGGAGGGUGCUGGUAGGGCACCGAGCUGCUGUCAACGUAGUGGACUUUGAUGACAAGUACAUUGUAUCAGCAUCAGGCGACAGAACUAUAAAGGUAUGGAACACGAGUACCUGCGAGUUUGUGCGCACCCUAAAUGGGCACAAACGGGGCAUCGCGUGUCUGCAGUACAGAGACAGGCUAGUAGUGAGCGGCUCUUCGGAUAAUACCAUCAGGCUGUGGGAUAUCGAGUGCGGGGCAUGUUUGCGAGUGCUGGAAGGCCACGAGGAGCUGGUGAGAUGCAUACGCUUUGACAACAAGAGGAUAGUCAGCGGGGCCUAUGAUGGGAAAAUUAAAGUGUGGGAUCUGGUGGCUGCUUUGGACCCCCGAGCUCCAGCAGGGACCCUCUGCCUGCGAACCCUUGUGGAGCAUUCUGGAAGAGUCUUUCGACUUCAGUUUGAUGAGUUUCAGAUCGUCAGCAGCUCGCAUGAUGAUACCAUCCUCAUCUGGGAUUUUCUGAACGACCCAGCUGCCCAAGCAGAAUCCACUCGCUCCCCGUCCAGAACAUACACCUACAUCUCAAGAUAAAUAACACUACACUGUACCUCACACUUGCACAGGACUCAUUUAAGCUGCAGUAUUUAAAUUAUCUGCCAAUGCCAGGACAAAAGAACUAUCCACGUAACCAAUACUUGCUGAAGAGAGUGCUCUCAGACUUGUUUCUGGAACAAAGUUGGCAUGCGGUUGAUCUCAGACAGGGUCUACUCAGCGCGGCUGACUGCUAAAGUGCUGCUAUAUCAGAAGAUGACUUUUAUCUGACAUGAACGAUUAACAUUUUUAAACCCUCCCUUUUUCCCCCUCUUCCCCAUUUUCCUUUUCACUCCUCUUCCCUGUGCCCUCUUUGGUUCCCUUCCAGACCCAGUCACAGAUGUCCUAUGAAUAUAUUUAAGAUGUUGCCAGAAUGUCUUGCUUUGCUGUUAAGCAGAAGACUUAUAGCCACAGUGCACCCUGCUGAGAGAGUCACU